GAAAAGUUCUUCACGGCGAUGAAGAAGGACGGCUCCUACCGAACCCGGGACCAACUCACUUCCAAAUAGAGCCACAUCAACAAAAAAGUCCGAAAGUUUAUGGGAGUUUACGAGGAAUGCUCCCGGUCCCGGAGGAGCGGCACGAACGGCGCCGAUUUUCUUCGGCUUGCCACGACCCGGUAUCAAGACGACGGGAACCAAGGCAAGGUGCCCAUCGAUCUUUGGAGGAUUUUGAGUCGUUCCCCGAAGUGGCAACAACUCAACAAUCCCGAUGGCGGAACGUUCCGGACCGACGGCGGAUCAUUCCAGAAAAGAUCCACCGUCGACGCCGAGGUUGAGGUCGACGAGACUAUCGGUUCUACCGAUCAAAUCCCUCCCUUCAACGUUGCGGAUUACCAGUGCUCUAAAACAAGAUAACUUGCAAUUUAACAUCAAUUUUUCAAAGUUGGGAGAUUUUGAGUAUUCUAUGUUUCUUAUGGAUUUGAACUAUUUUAUUUGUUAGCCUUGGAUAUAAUGACCAUAUCACAUUUAAAAAUAUUCAACCAGCAUGUUUUCAUAUGUGAAAUAAAAACGUACAGAGUAACAAUUUCAAACUGCUCUUUAGAAUGUUUAAAAUUCCAAGUUUUAACUAUUAAAUUCUAAAGCAUCUAAUGAAAAGGACAAUCUGGU